AUGAGUCAUAACCAUAAGGGUACCCGUCAUGAGACGGUGAUAGAAAUGGUGAAGCCCAUGAGCUUUUCUGGUGGGUUAGAGUUCGUGAACUUAACAUAUACGGUGUUCAAGAAAAAGAAGACUGAUGAAGGGAAAUGGGUGAGUCAAGAAGCCGACUUGUUGAAUAGGAUCACAGGAUAUGCACCAAAAGGGUCUAUUACAGCGGUUAUGGGCCCUAGUGGUGCGGGGAAAUCUACUUUUCUUGAUGGGCUAGCGGGGCGUAUUGCAAGUGGUAGCCUUAAGGGUAAAGUGUCAUUAGAUGGAAGUGAGAUGAGCCCGAGCUUGAUCAAGAGAACUUCUGCUUAUAUAAUGCAAGAUGACAGACUCUUUCCAAUGCUAACUGUUUAUGAAACCUUGAUGUUUGCUGCUGAUUUUCGGUUAGGGUCGAUCACCAAGGCUGAAAAGAGGCAGCGUGUUGAGACAUUAAUUGAGCAACUUGGUUUGUCGUCAGCAAGGAACACAUACAUUGGUGAUGAAGGAACACGAGGAGUUUCAGGGGGUGAACGCCGCAGAGUGUCAAUUGGAGUAGACAUCAUCCAUGGUCCAUCAUUGCUUUUUCUCGAUGAGCCAACUUCGGGUUUGGACUCAUCCAGUGCUCAAAGUGUGAUUGAAAAGGUUCACAACAUAGCACGAUCAGGAAGCACAGUAGUUCUAACCAUUCACCAGCCGUCCUCACGUAUCCAACUUCUACUUGACCACCUUAUUAUACUGGCCCGUGGUCAACUCAUGUACCAAGGAUCACCCAAAGAUGUGGGAAUUCAUCUUGGUCGAUUGGGCAGGAAAGUUCCUAAAGGUGAAAACCCUAUAGAGUUUCUCAUUGAUGUGAUACAGCUAUACGACCAAUCUGAAUAUGGAGUUGAUGCAUUGGCUGAAUUCGUAGUCACAGGUAAGAAACCUCCACAUUUAUCAGAUGAUGAAAUGUCAUUUCCUACCCCGACACCACCACGGCCUCAUCGGAGUUCCGGAAAGAAGUUUCACUUAAAUCAGGAUAUGGGAUUUGAUCAUAGUGUGAGAAGCCCAUGGAACAACUCCAAGUCAUGGAGCCAAUCAGGAAUCAUAGAUUCGAUUAAAUCAACUCCAUCACGUUAUUGGAAUGGUCACAAGAAACCGAAUCCAGCAAGGGCAACCUCUAACUACUACACAAACUCGAGUGACAUCGUAUCAAGAACCCCGACUCCACAUAGCAGUGACUACUCACUGAAUGAAGAUGACUACAUCACCCCAUCAAUGACUGCAGAUGCUGUAACGUACCGCCAUUUAGGCCCAAAAUUUUCAAACUCUUUCUUUGCAGAAACAUGGGUUUUGAUGCGUAGAAAUUUUACAAACAUUAGGCGAACCCCUGAGCUGUUUCUAUCACGGCUCGUGGUAUUGACCAUAAUGGGUUUUAUGAUGGCUACCAUGUUCAAGAACCCCGGAAGGACAAUGCAAGGGAUUACCAAUAGACUCAGUUUCUUCAUCUUCACUGUUUGUCUUUUUUUCUUCUCCUCAAACGAUGCGGUGCCUGCAUUUAUUCAAGAACGAUUCAUAUUUGUCCGGGAGACUUCUCAUAAUGCAUACAGGGCCUCUUCUUACACCAUUGCAGGUCUGAUCACUUACCUUCCGUUUCUCCUACUCCAGGCUGCAGUUUACGCAGGUCUCACAUGGUUUGCAUUGAAGCUCGAAGGCCCGUUUAUGUACUUCUUGAUAGUUCUUUAUGUUUCUCUGCUUUCCACCAAUUCAUUUGUGGUGUUCGUGAGUUCGAUAGUCCCAAAUUACAUUCUCGGGUAUGCUGCAGUUAUUGCUUUCACAGCUCUAUUCUUCUUGUUUUGUGGGUAUUUCUUGAACAGUCAUGAUAUUCCCCCUUACUGGAGAUGGAUGAAUAAGAUAUCCACAAUGACAUAUCCUUAUGAAGGGCUUUUGAUUAAUGAGUAUCAGAGGCAUGAAGUAUUCGGGCAGACCCUUAUUGGGACAAAUGUAACUGGAAUCGAUAUCCUGCAAUCCCUGCAGAUUUAUCACGAGAAAGAUCCAAAAUGGACAAAGGUUUACAUAAUGUUGGGAUGGGCAGUUCUAUAUAGGAUCUUGUUCUACAUAGUACUUCGUUUUGCCUCCAAGAAUCAAAGGUCAUAA